CAAUUCUGUCAUAUACGUUGGCAGGAAACACAUGGCAGAAAAGGCUAAGCAAAAGCUAGAUUCAUCGCCAGAGACAUCCUGCGAGUCUAAAGGGAAACUAGUAAAGAUUGUUCAUAUUGGAAACCCUAGAAUGGUUACAGCAAGCGCAUCUGAAUUCUCUGCUGUUGUGCAGUCCCUCACUGGAAAUAAGAGGCCAUUACCCAAAUCCGCUACUUAUGAUUCUUCAUCAUCAUCUACUUCUAAAAGAUUGAAUAAGGAUGGUUAUAACAGUGAAGUGAAAAUACCCAAGUUUGAAGGUCAAUCAAAAUAUCGCUCAUUUCCCAGCAGUAGCCCUCAGCUUCCAAUUGCUAAUCAGAUAGCUGCUAUCAGAGCAGAUGGUGUUUCUACAUCCGAAGUUCAGCAGAAAGAGAUGAUUUCUUAUGUUUAUAACCAUGAAAGGUUUGACACACUGGAAAACCUAGGAGACGCCAAUUUUCUUCAGUUUUUGUUAUCAUAUUUUAAUGAUGAGGGAAUUUGAUGUAUUCAGAACAAUCCAGAGAAGAAGCUUGCUUUAUAGCUAUUCCUGUAAGAAGUCCAUCCAUUAGUUCUACGUAUAUUUUCCUUUUGUUUUACUACGCAAUGAAUGCUUUUUUCACAAAGUUUAAUUUGUGUUACUAUCACUCCACUUCUUAGCAAAGGAGCUUUACUAUUUUGAG